ACACAUACAGUCGUUUCGAUUGCCUAUGCUAUAAAAGCGGGAUAUUUUCGACAGCAAUUGCAGUUAGUAAACGUUGACGAUAUAACGCAGUACACGUUCGUCACUUAAGUCUUUUGUUUCGUUUGCACAUACUAUAGCCGCAGUUUUACAGAUAAAAUGAAACUACUCAUACUAUCCGGUAUUUUAGCUUUUGCCGCACUCGCUGUUGCCGAAGAGAAAUACACAACUAAGUAUGAUAACAUUGAUGUCGAUGAGAUUUUAAAGUCGGAUCGUUUAUUCAACAACUACUUCAAAUGUCUUAUUGAAACUGGCAAGUGUACGCCAGAAGGGCGAGAGUUAAAAAAGACUCUUCCCGAUGCACUCAAAACUGAGUGUAGCAAAUGCAGUGAAAAGCAGAAGCAAAACACAGAUAAAGUUAUUCGUUACAUCAUUGAUAACAAGUCUGAAGAAUGGGCACAGCUACAAGCUAAAUAUGACCCUGAAGGUAUAUAUGCGUCAAAAUAUAAGAAAGAGGCAGAGAAACAGGGAAUUAAAAUUUAAAUUGCCUUCACAGUUUUCAAUACACGACUAACACAAAUUGUAAAUAGUAUUGUCAAUAUGUCUUCGUGAAUAUUGCACAUGUCUGUGCGCACAAUAAACAUUUGUACAUAAAUAAAUAACAUUUUGGUGGAUAAACAUAUUAACGUGCGUACUAUGGUAGUAUUUAACUUAAUAAUAUGUUGAAUGGAAAAUUACUCAUUAAGGGUACUGCCGUGAAGGCAGUAAAAUUACUCGUGUGGAAAAUAAAUCAAAGUAUCAUACUGUA